CUCCAAGUUGUUAUCUCUAAUAUUACCGCCUGCCGUAUACAAAAACAAUGUUUGGCACAGUAAAUAACUAUUUAUCCGGCGUUUUGCACGCCGCUCAGGAUUGUGAUGGCGAAACCUUGGGAACGCACCUUUCACUACGAGAUGUGCACGUCCAGAACCACAACCUAUACAUUGCUCAGCCGGAGAAGCUGGUUAAUCGUUUCCUGAAGGCGCCACUAGAUGAAGUGGUGUCCGCUCACCUGAAGGUGCUGUAUCAUCUCGCACAAGAGCCUCCUGGCUAUAUGGAGGCCUAUACUCAACAGGCUGCAGCUUGUGGCGCUGUCGUAAGGCUCUUGCAGCAACUAAAGGAUGAAAAUUGGUGCCUUCCAUUGAUGUACCGCGUGUGCCUAGAUCUGAGGUACUUGGCACAGGCCUGCGAGAAACAUUGUCGAGGAUUUACACCCGGUCACGUGCUGGAGAAGGCCGCAGAUUGUAUGAUGGCCUGUUUCCGUGUUUGCGCCGCCGAUGGACGCGCCUCCGAGGAAGACACUAAGCGACUGGGCAUGAUGAACCUGGUGAACCAGCUAUUCAAGAUCUACUUUCGAAUCAACAAACUUCAUCUGUGCAAGCCCCUCAUCCGUGCCAUUGAUAAUUGCAUUUUCAAGGACUCCUUUCCGCUGCCCGAGCAGAUAACCUACAAGUAUUUCGUGGGCAGGAGGGCAAUGUUCGACUCCAAUUACCAGGCAGCUGUACAGGAUCUGUCGUAUGCCUUCAGCAACUGCCCGGACCGUUUCGCCAGCAAUAAGCGGCUGAUUCUCAUAUAUUUAGUACCGGUGAAAAUGCUACUGGGUUAUCUGCCAAGCAAAUCUCUCCUGCAACGCUACGAUCUCCUGCUAUUCCACGAUCUUGCUUUGGCUCUCAAAGCGGGCAACGUGAAACGUUUCGAUGAAAUUGUUAGGGAUCAGGAGAUGGUGCUGAUCAGAAGUGGAAUCUAUUUGCUCGUCGAGAAGCUCAAGUUCCUCGUAUACCGAAAUCUAUUUAAGAAGGUUUCCGUCAUCCGUGAAACACACCAGUUGGACAUGUCUGACUUCCUUUCGGCGCUGCAGUUCGUGGGCUUGAGCGAUGUUACUCUAGACGAAACGCACUGCAUCGUGGCCAAUCUUAUUUACGAGGGAAAGAUCAAGGGCUACAUCUCACAUGCUCACAACAAGCUGGUCGUUUCCAAGCAAAAUCCAUUCCCCUCCAUAUCCACAUAGUGCAUUUAAUCGAUUGUCAGUUUUUAAGAGUAAAAGACUCCGACUUAACCAUUGUUUUCAUUUUUAAUAACUUUUAAUGGGAUAUAAGUAUCAAUAAAAUAAUCGUAAAAAGUCGUAAAAUAGAACAGAGCUCAAAUGGUUUAAA